GCAAAAGAGAACUGCCUCCCCUCUCUAUCGAUUGGUAACGCCUGCGCCGCUGCCUCUGGCUCCCAUUUGUCAGGUCUGGCGGCGUUGCUGGCCGUAGAAGCUUCCCGGCGUCUCGGUUCUUCUCUUGUCUUCCACAAACCGACCCUCAUCCCCCGGGAACCGUCACUCGGGGCCGGCACACCGACUGUGGAGCGUUGUGUGGGAGUCCGGCAGCUUUCCUGGCCCAGUAACGGAGACCGGGGGAGAGGGGAGGUGAUAAGGAAAGAGCCUGCUAGAAGAGUCGGGGACGGGAGGUGACUAGAGUCGGGCUGAGAGAGCGCAGGCCUGAACCAACUCUCGUGCGGGGGACGCAGCUCAUCCGACCCCGGAGCCUCGGCCUGAUCUCGGAGGUGCCGGGGCGGCUAGACACAAGGCUUUCUCCCCUGGGUCUGAUGAUGAACCGGCGGUGGGGGUCCGGACCUUCCCCGGCAGCUCCUCUCACCAGCGGCUGAGACUACCACCACACCAGCGAACAUAUGUUAUGGAAAAAUAAAAGGUGUCAUUACAAAGUACAACCGGUCCUGCAAAAAACAAGCCCUUAUAUGGGUCUGGAAAAAUAAGAUUUAUGGCUAUUAUAUUCUGAGGAGGAAAAAGAGAGUGCAAAUACGAAAAUUGGCGCGGACAAGUGGAUUAUCAUGAGGGACAACUAGAUCGUGCUCCUGUUUUAGUCCCUUGGACAAGUAGUUUAAAAAAAAAAAAAAAAAAAAAAAAGUUUCCAUACCUCUGGACUUGAUAGUUGUCAUUUAGUAUGAAAUUGACUGUAUUUCUUCAGAAGCUUGACUUGAAAGCAGGUAUGGCAUCACAGCUGCAGGUGUUCUCCCCUCCUUCAGUAUCGUCCAGUGCCUUCUGUAGUGCAAAGAAACUUAAAGUUGAGCCUUCUGGCUGGGAUGUUACGGGACAGGGUAAUAGCAACAAGUAUUACGCACACGGCAAGAACCUCUCAGUCGCUCAAGGGCACCCAAGUUCAUCUCACCAGGUAGCUAACUUCAGUCUCCCUGCCUACGAGCCCAGUCUCCUCAUCCCAGCCACCGCAGCAGAGCAUAUAGUGGUAACUGCUGCAGACAGUACUGGCAGCGGACCCACCACCUCCUUCCAGAGCAGCCAAAUCCUAAACCACAGAAGCAACGUUUCUUUACUGGAACCAUACCAAAAAUGUGGACUGAAAAGGAAAAGUGAAGAGGUGGACAGCAACGGUAGUGUGCAGAUUAUUGAUGAACGGCCACCUCUGAUGCUGCAAAACAGAACCGCGGUGGGUGCUGCUGCCACGACCACCACUGUAACCACUAAAAGCAGCAGUUCCACUGGUGAGGGGGAUUACCAGCUUGUUCAACAUGAAAUUUUGUGUUCCAUGACCAAUAGCUAUGAAGUCCUGGAGUUUUUGGGCAGAGGGACUUUUGGCCAAGUGGCAAAAUGCUGGAAGCGGAGCACAAAGGAAAUUGUGGCUAUUAAGAUCCUAAAGAACCAUCCUUCCUACGCCAGGCAGGGUCAGAUAGAGGUGAGCAUCCUCUCGCGCCUGAGCAGCGAGAAUGCAGACGAGUACAACUUUGUCCGCUCGUACGAGUGCUUCCAGCACAAGAAUCACACUUGCCUUGUUUUUGAAAUGUUGGAACAGAACUUAUAUGACUUUCUGAAGCAAAAUAAGUUCAGUCCUCUUCCGCUGAAGUAUAUUCGCCCCAUAUUACAGCAGGUUGCCACUGCCCUGAUGAAGCUGAAGAGCUUAGGGCUGAUUCACGCUGAUCUGAAGCCAGAGAACAUCAUGCUUGUGGAUCCGAUACGUCAGCCUUACAGAGUGAAGGUGAUAGACUUUGGCUCGGCCAGUCAUGUCUCUAAAGCAGUGUGCUCGACCUACUUGCAAUCUCGGUACUACAGAGCUCCAGAGAUAAUCCUUGGGCUGCCGUUUUGUGAAGCAAUAGACAUGUGGUCGUUGGGCUGCGUCAUAGCAGAGUUGUUCCUCGGGUGGCCUCUGUAUCCAGGUGCUUCAGAAUAUGAUCAGAUAAGGUACAUCUCCCAGACACAAGGACUUCCUGCAGAGUACCUUCUCAGUGCUGGAACAAAGACUUCCAGAUUUUUCAAUCGAGACCCAGAUCUGGGCUACCCAUUAUGGAGGUUAAAGACACCAGAAGAGCAUGAGAUGGAAACUGGAAUAAAAUCUAAAGAAGCUCGCAAGUACAUCUUCAACUGUUUAGAUGACAUGGCACAGGUGAAUAUGUCGACAGAUCUAGAAGGAACAGACAUGUUGGCAGAGAAGGCAGACAGAAGAGAAUAUAUAGACUUGCUGAAGAAAAUGUUGACUAUCGAUGCAGAUAAGAGGAUAACUCCAAUGAAAACCUUAAAUCAUCCCUUUGUUACCAUGACGCAUCUGCUGGAUUUUCCACACAGUAACCAUGUAAAGUCCUGUUUUCAGAACAUGGAGAUAUGUAAGAGGAGGAACAAUGUGUAUGAUACAGUGAACCAGAUUAAGAGUCCCUUCACCACUCAUGUGGCCCCAAACACAAGCACAAAUCUGACGAUGAGCUUCAAUAACCAGUUGAACACUAUGCACAAUCAGGCUAGCGUACUGGCUUCAAGCUCAUCUGCCACAGCCACCCUUUCUUUGGCAAACUCCGAUGUGUCAUUGUUGAACUAUCAGUCAGCGCUUUACCCACCAUCUGCUGCUCCAGUGACUGGUGUUGCUCAGCAAGGAGUUUCACUUCAACCGGGAGCAACUCAGCUCUGCACCCAAACAGAUCCAUUCCAGCAAACCUUCAUAGUUUGCCCCCCAGCAUUUCAAGCUGCUGGUCUUCAAGCAACCGCCAAGCAUUCCGGUUUUCCUGUUCGAAUGGACAGUACUGUCCCCAUUGUGCCCCAAGCUCCUGCAGCCCAGCCCCUCCAGAUUCAGUCCGGAGUCUUGACACAGGGAAGCUGUACCCCACUAAUGGUAACAACUCUUCAUCCACACGUAGCCACCAUCACGCCGCAGUAUGCGGUACCCUUUACCCUGAACUGCGCAGCCGGGCGGCCGGCGCUAGUUGAACAGACUGCUGCUGUACUGCAGGCAUGGCCUGGUGGAACACAGCAGAUAUUGCUGCCAUCCACAUGGCAGCAGCUUCCUGGAGUCGCCCUUCACAACUCUGUUCAGCCAACAACCGUCAUUCCGGAAACUAUUGGAAGUAACCAGCAGCUCACAGACUGGAGAAAUGCACAUUCCCAUGGAAACCAGUAUAGCGCUUUGAUGCAGCAGCCAUCAUUACUUGCCAAUCACGUGACCUUAGCUGCAGCUCAGCCUCUAAACGUUGGGGUUGCUCAUGUUGUUCGGCAGCAGCAAAAUGGAAACGUGUCGGCAAAGAAAAACAAGCCACAGCAAGCACAGAAUAAUGCCAAGACCUUGUCUGCUUUGGACAUCAUCCCAUCCCAAGUAUAUUCGCUGAUUGGAAGCAGCCCACUUCAUCCCUCCACUUCAUACAACCCUCUUCUCCCACUCCAAGAGCAGCGACAGCCCAUAGUGAUCCCUGAUACGCCGAGCCCUCCUGUGAGUGUCAUCACAAUUCGCAGUGAUACAGAUGAAGAAGAGGACAGCAAGUACAAGCCAGUUAGCUCUGGUAUGAAGAUGAGGUCUAAUGUGAUCAGCUAUGUGACAGUCAAUGACUCUCCGGAUUCUGAUUCCUCUGUCAGUAGUCCAUAUUUGGCCAACCAACUUUCUACUCUUAAUGGAGUAAACAGUGUUUUCGAAGUCCCGGGUGGCAGAGGCCCCCACACACACAGUUCCAGCUCCCGUACAAUUAUUGUCCCUCCAUUAAAGAUGCAGCCGCACGAUUGUGGUCUGGACAACCAGCUGUCAGGUAUUCUAGGCAACUCUGGUAAAGUGAAAACCUCUUCAUCUUCAAGUGGACAAUCCUCUAAUAGUUGCAUCUCCCAGACAAGCUAUCGAUCCCACCGUAUGGUAAAUGGAGUGCAGCCCCUCAACCUCAGUCAGAAUCAGCAGCUAACCUCCAUGGUAUCCCAAGAAAGAAGCAUAAAUCCUCCUCCUCGCAGACAACAGGCCUAUGUUGCUCCACUCCCAUCAAUUUCUCAGGCACCCUUCACUUUUCAGCACAGUAGUCCAUUGCAUUCUUCUGUGCACCCUCACCUUGCUGCAGCUGCGUCAGCCACCAGCCACCUAACAAGCCAGCCUCAUAUGUACACAUAUGCUCCCACCACUGCUGCCUCCCUGGGGUCCACUACAUCCAUAGCUCAUCUGUUCUCCCCUCAGGGCUCUUCAAGGCACACAAGGUAUGCUACCCAUCCCAGUACUCUGGUUCAUCAGGUCCCUGUCAGUGUGGGACCUAGCUUGCUGACCUCUGCCAACGUGGCUCCUGCACAGUAUCCACACCAAUUUGCAACCCAAUCUUAUAUAAAUGCCUCUAGGGGUUCUGCAAUCUACACUGGAUAUCCUUUGAGUCCGACAAACAUCAACCAGUACUCCUACCUAUAAUCCAGAAUCUGGAAACUUUUUCCUUUUUUUUUUUUUUUUACUUCCUUUUUUCAAGACUUGACUGUUAUACAGCAAGAUUUGCUAGAAGCACGCUUGGAGGAAAAGGGGCUCUCUUCCUUAUUGACUGCAUUGUUGUAGUCACAUUAAGCUUGUUCAGUGUUAAUUCAUUCUGUGGUUUUGUGUAUCACGUGUCUUGUAGCAUCUUUCCUAAGUGUAGAAACUGCAUUGGUAGUGAGUCUGGUCUCUUCUGCUGAAGAUGGAUAGCUGUGGACUGCAAUAACAUUAUCCACUGUUUGCUGCAUUUUAUCCUUAGCAUAGUAGAUCAAAUGUUUUUAGCUCUUUUUAAGUUUAUUUUUUUUUUUCAACUUAUAAGCUCAUUCUUUUAUGUGUGAUAAAUGAAGUAUUCAUAACGCUUUUGAUUAUAUACUUUCAAUCCGUAGUUAUUAGGAUGAGUUGUUCACAUUUUAUUAUUAUUAUUGUUGUUGUUAUUAUUAUAAUAAUAUUAUUUUAGACUGUGCUUUCAACUGAUUUCUUUGCUUCCCACAAAGUAUUUUUAUGGUAAUAGCUGCUUUUUGGACUCGGUGCACAGCAGAAUCCAUUGUUUUCUUUCAGUGGAUAUACAUAAGACACUGGUGCAUAUUAUGCAAUUAUUUCUUUUUCUUUUCUUUAGUUUUUUGUUUCUUAUGUAAUAAUAAUCAUGUGACAUCUAGCUGCAUUACUGGAAGUGGCAAAAUGUUGUUGUUCCUUAAGGAAGUUGAUAUAUUCAUUUGAUUUUUUUGUUCCUGUAGUGUACUAAAGAAUCUAGCAUGAAACCGUGAACCGUCUAGACGACAUAUAUAUAUAUAUAUUAAAAUAUAUAGCAGCAUAUGGUUAGCACCAUUUGAAUCAAACUUAAUGUUUUCUGUGCUCAAAGUAAUCUCAUAAGGUAAGCUCUCUUACAUUGGCACCAAUGCAAAAAUGUUUGCUUUGACGAGCGUCCCUCUCUGUAAAUGACCUUUAAAUUUCCAGGAUCCUAUAAAGCUUUACAACCAGAAAAGUAUGUGUCACGUCUGCACAAUUGCGCAGUAUUUCACCUCUGUAUAAGUCAGAUGUACACAAGCAGCCAAUCGCAGCUUUUGUUACCUUAACUUAGCGGAUAAAGGUGAACAUUUUUUUUCUUCAAUGUUUCACCUCUUAGAGCUUUUUGCCCUAUUCUGUGAUGCAUAUGGUGUAUCAUAAAAUAGGCUUAUUCUAAAUUGUACCUCUUGCUAUGCUGAAGUUUAAAAAAAGCAGAUAGUAAUGUGUGUGUAUAUAUAUUUUUUUGUAAGGAAUGCAAAUCAUUUUAGCAUACUAUUUUGCUCGUAUUCUUCUACCAUUUUGUGAAUAAAUCGCCUGUGCACACUUCUGCGUUUCCGUGGUUACAGACUACAAACACUCUUUGUAGUCUAAUACUGCAGUUGUGUUACUUCUUUACAUCGGCCCUCUCCUAUUAUCUAUGGUUUAAAAAGGAACCAGUCAUACUACCUGAACCAUAAGCCAUCGGUUGGUCCCCAGUGGCUUCUCCACCUUUUUAACCCUUUGCCGCAAAAUGCCGCUUAUAUAUGGCACUGCAACAGGGUUAUGAAGUGAGCUCAGGAGCUGAGCUUGCAUCAUACCCGCACCGUCCCUGCCAUCAGUAACUAAUUAACUCUUUAGACCUGGCAAUCAGCUUUGAAAGUGAAAGCUUUCCGGCAGCUCAGUCGGGCUGAUCGGGACCAUCGCGGUGAAAACGCAAUGUCCCGAUCAGCUUGGAUGCAUCAGGAGGGUGCCUUCUGUGCGUCCAAUCGGCGAUUGCUCCAAGCCUGAAAUCCAGGCUCGAGCAAUCGAAUGCAGAAAACACUGAUCAAUGCAAUGGCAUUGAUCAGUGUAUUGAAUCAAUGUAUUGCAUGUUAUAGUCUCCUAUUGGGGGCUAUAACAUUGCCAAAAAAAAGUGAAACAAAAUUAUGAUUUAACCCCUUCCCUAAUAAGUCUGAAUCAACCCCCUUUUCCCAUUAAAAAAAAAAACUGUGUAAAUAAAAAUAAACAUAUUUGGUAUCCCCGGGUGCAUAAAUGUCCGAACUAUAAAAAUAUAUAAUUAAACCACACGGUCAAUGGCGUACGCACAAAAAAAAUUCCAAAGUCCAAAAUAGCGUAUUUUUGGUCCCUUUUUUUAUACCAUAAAAAAAUGUAUAAAAAGCGAUCAAAAAGUCUGAUCCAAACAAAUGAUACUGAUAAAAACUUCAGAUCACGGCGCAAAAAUUGGGCCCUCACACCGCCCUGUAUGCGGAAAAAUAAAAAAGGGGUCAGAAGAUGACAAUUGUAAACGUGUUAAUUUUCGUGCAUGUAGUUAUGAUUUUUUCCACAAGUACGACAAAAUCAAACCUAUAUAUGAGGGUAUCAUUUUAAUCAUAUGGACCUACAGAAUAAAAAGGUGUCAUUUUUACUGAACAAUGUACUGCGUAUAAACGGAAGCCCCCAAAAUUUACAAAAUUGUUGUUUUUCUUCAAUCUUGACGCAUAAUGAUUUAUUUUUUUCUCUUUUCAUUUCGCGUAGAUUUUUGGGUGAAAUCACUGACUGAUAUCAUUACAAAGUCUAGAAUUGGUGGUGCAAAAAAUAAGCAAUCAUAUGGAUUUUUAGGUGCAAAAUUGAAAGGGUUACGGAAAAACUUCUAGACCUUAAGGGGUUAAUAGAUCUCUUCUUUUACCCAAACAGGGAGAGAAUUAUCAAUCUAGGUUGAUGGUGCAGGAAGAAACCACCAGGGACCAGCCCACAGACUCUUGGUUUGGGGAGCAUUAAUAUAAUGUCAGGUGCCCUCUAAGAUGGCAAGGAAGUAACACAUGACUGUAAGAUCAAACUACACAAGGUUUUAUUUUAGCCAGUAACCAUUGAGGCACGUGUGUGUGUAUAUAGACAGCAAAAAGGAGGAAUUGACUGCAGCACACCGGCGUAUCCAGUAAAAAAAAUUGUAGCUUUAUUCCAUAGAUACAAGGACUAUGUUUCUGUGGUCUCACACCACCAUUGUCAAGUCCAACUUGACAAUGGUGGUGCGAGACCACAGAAACGUAGUCCUUGUAUCUAUGGAAUAAAGCUACAAUUUUUUACUGGAGGCCUCUUACCCCAGCCAAGCCAGAUCACCCUGCUCUGUACUGACGAGGGGCAAAAACCCCGAAACAGCUGUCUGCAGAUGGGUAGAAACUUCCCUUUUGGGGAGUAGUCUGGCUUGGCAUAAAAUCCCGAUCAGCUUUUUAUAUUCCUUAACAGGAGCUAAGCUGAUACCAGGGAACAUUACCUGAAAAGGUGAUGUAAUGAGCUGCUUUGCAUAUAUAUAUAUAUAUAUAUAUAUAUAUAUAUAUAUAUAUAUAUAUUCUAUCCUUUUAAUGUAUACUAUUUCAGUUUGGUUUCCCACACUUGGAGCACUUAUUCUCUGCUCCUACAAUGUAUUACUGGUACAGUAUAUGAUUUCCGUUGACUAAACAAAGCCUUAUAUAAUUGAAAAUAUUGCUUUCCCUAGUGUACGAUAAAACAAUUUUUUCUAAAAUACCACAUAAAAUGUAUUUU